UUCCGAUGGAACAAGGUGGAGGUGGUGACGCGGGGCGAUCACUGGAAUGUAACAUCGAUACAUCCCUCCUCUGCACUCUGCCCUCUCCUCUUGUUCAUCCCACCGACGUGCUCGUACUACGAUGCCUUCACAGACUGAUGAGAUCCAAGAUCAGCUCUUCGCUCGUGAUCCCAUACCACCCCUUGAACCGGGUAAAAAGGCUUUUGACCCGUCCCUCGCGAGACCCAUCUCAAAGCUCAAUGAACACAAGUAUGUGAUUGCAGCCCUCCAUCUCGCCAAUGAUGACAUACAUCAUUGUCAUGAGAUUGCUCAAGCCAACGAAGGCGAUCCUACGGCUAACCUCUUACAUGCAACGCUGCAUCGGCGUGAGGGUGACUACUGGAACUCGAAAUACUGGCUCUCCCGAACAUCUCAUCCUCUGCUUCCCGACAUAUCAGCCGCGAAAGCAUUCGUUGAUGAUUGUGAAAAGGUACAGAAACCGAGAAACAAGGCAAUGAGGGAUCAAGAUGAAGAUCUCAGACUACGAACGAAGCAGUGGGAGGAUAUACAGGCUUUGAUUAGAUGGAUACGGGAGAACCAUCAUGCGUGACCCUCCAGGGCAGCGCCACAGUUGACCCAGGACCAGACGCCCGCCUGGAUUAUCUAGAAGUCUUGUCUAAACCACAUGUACUCUAUUUGGACAUGGUAUCUCGUAGAUGGAAUACCUACUCGUCACUCGUACUCUGCACUGAGAACCA